AUGUGGGCGACAGCGAUGCUCGUGAUAUUCUUCGUGUCGCUUUGCUCGGCACAGCCCGGCGAGCAUAUCGACUGGCCUCGGUGGUGCGGGAAAGCAUACAUGCCAGAGUACCCCGACUUCAAUCCUGGUGGCCAGCUUUUGAAGCCACAAAUGCAAAAGUUCUCGACUCUGAACAUCCGCGUCAAGCCGCGAUACAACGUCUUCAUAGCCGAUGAAUCUGAGGGUGAAUUCUUCGUCCAUGCCGAAACGUCCGACUACCAUGGCGUCCCGUGGCCACACAUGGAGGACGAGGAUCUUCUUUACCCGUUUGAUGUCAACUUCACAAUCACAAACACGGCCACUGGCGAGCUGCUUGUUCAGGACGAGCUUAAUGCGACCAUUAAGCUGCACAACGCCACCUCGGAUCGUCCCAUUUAUCGGUUCAAGUUCGAUCUUGGCAAGUUCCAGCCAAGAAUUGAUCCCUACGAGGUGACGGUCAACGCCACGCCCAUCCCAAAAAGAAGGGCGAAAUCGCUUGAUUACAAGCCGAGAAGGCCUGAUAGCUUCCCCGUUAAACAACCACCCCGUAAGGAGGAGUUCCCGCUCGACCGGCACAGGCAGUACAUUUUCACUACCAAGAGCGAGAUAUACGUCUUGCCGACCAAGUCAAAAGGCAACGUCGUCAGGAUUGAUAAUCUGACUGGCGGCUUGUUCUUGCGCAGCAGCCCGGGGAGCAAGUUUGAGCCCUUCUUUCCAUAUGGAUUCUACGCCCCUUGUGAGGGGUUUUUAUGCCAUGAGAAUAGCGUUGAGAACAUCAAGGCGUACCGUAGUCAUGGCCUAAACUCAAUGGUGCCAAUGAUGCCUGCUUCAGCGACCUCGUGGGAUGUCUACAGUACUCUGGACUCUGUCGGUGUGAGAUACAUGUACGAUUUGCGUCAAAGCUACAAGAACCAGAGCGCGGUAAGGGAACAAGUCGAAGCCAUCAAAGACUCGGACGGCCUCUACGCAUAUUGGACCUUUGACCAACCAGAUGGCCACUCGGCAACUCACGCCCGCAUGUGGAAGGCAAGCAGCCUCGUCAAGAAGCUUGACCCCUAUCAUCCAAUCGCCGUCAGCCUUGUAUGCGACAACUAUUAUUUCGAGGAGUAUUCCAGAGGGGCCGACAUCAUCGUGGCAGAUGCCCAUCCCAUCGGAAGCGGCGCUUCCAAAUGGCACACAAGCUGCAAUGCGACCUACGGCAGCUGUGGUUGCGACAACUGCAAAGGCAAUGUAGUAGACGUAGCAACUCGGCUUCAACGAAUGGCGCAGUACGAGAGGUGGCUGAACCACUGGCCCAAGCCAAAGAUGCAAAACCUGCAGACCAGUCAUAGCGGCGAGAAUUCCUUACCCGUCAGUCCAAGCGCCAACGAAGUCAUCGCCAUGAGCGCUCUCGCCCUCGCUAACGGCGCAAGGGGAGUCCUCCCCUGGGCCUGGCCAGUGGACAAUGAGACCACAGCCCUCCACGAGAAAUUCUCGCAUGUCAUGAAUAAAGAUAUCGUGAGCGAGCUUCUCACAAAGUCACCGGCCAGGAAGUUCAAGGUGAAGAAGCAUAAAGAGCUGGAGGUUACUUACUGGAUGCUCAACAAGACUUUAAUGCUGAGCGUCGUCAAUCUAGGCAAGAAGUCUCUCCGCGGGCCCAUGGUGAUUGAUCUCCCAGGCAUUCAGCCCACGAAAAUUACAACGGUGCUUUGGGGCAGUGCGGCGUGGGAUCAUCGCGAGCUUUUCAAACCGAAGGGGAUGAAGCUUCAGAUCAUGGCGGUGGAUCCCUUGUCGACGAAUAUCAUUCUCAGCAUGCUGUGUUGCGAUGAUGGACCUUCACAUUCGGAGUUUAAUGACUGA